CUUCCGUAUAAUGCAUGUGAGGAGUCAGUCUGCAUGUUCGUCUUUGCGUGUGGUCAGUCUAUGUGUUCUCAGAGUGAUUUUCAAGCUCUGUGUGGUAUGUUUGGAAUGUCUGUUUUGUGUGUACUCGUGUUUCUGUAGUCUGGGUGGAAGGUCUGUGUGUUAUGUCUGGGUGGUUGUGUGAUGCCUGAGUUGUCUGUGAGUCAGUUAUUGAUUAACUCUAUUUAUUAAUGCCUGUCUGUGAGGUAUGAAUGGUCUGAGUAGCCUGUUUGGUUUAUUUGAAUGAUGUAUGUGUGUGUGUGUGUGUGUGUGUGUGUGUCGGUCUGUCAUUCUGGUAUAUACGAGUGGACUUCUUGACUAGUCUCCCUGUGUGGUCUGGUUAAGUGAUGUUUCUGGGUGGCAGAAUUUAUCAGUCUAACUUAAGUCAUUCUCACAGUUUAUUGUUUGAGGCUACGUUCACAAAUUUACACUCUGAAUACUGGCUCUACAAUUUCAUCAACAUUCACAAGGUCAACCUCCCACAACAUAUCUGUCAUUUGGGUGACUGAAGAAAGCCACUCAACUGAUAAGUGAUAACUAGUCAGCACGCACCCAGUACCAACUACCGACAUGUACUGGACGUGUACUGGACACGUUGAGUGGGCAACACCAACAAAUCAAGCCUACUCGACAUACUGGGCAACAGUAAAGAUUUUUUAAUGUAGACUUUUUGAGCAACACCAACUCCUUCUUACAGUGUGGUCUGCUCCUGUGCCUUCAUAUCCCAAACCAAGAUCCACACCAAAACUUUGGUCCAUUGCUGUACAUACCUAUUCAAGUACAGAGAAUUAAUGUUAUCUCUGAUAAGAUUUACGUAUCUUAACGCCUCAACACUGCAACCACCAUGACUUCACCCAUCAGCAUUAAGUUGCCUCCCAGCUGUCACACAGAUCAGUCCUGCCUUGCCUGUAACAGCUCAAACAUUGGCCCCAUUUCCACAACACCAGUAUGUCUACUUCUGUCAGUGCUGCAGACAAGGUUCACGUGAGGAAGAAGGGAGUGUGUUGGGUAUGAUCAUCUGGUAACAUUUGAGACAGGAAGCUUACGCGUCUCAAGGCCACAACUUCGUCAUCCAACACAGCAAUUUCCUCUCGCCAACGUGAGUGACUCAAGUCGCCAAGUUGCCUCGCUGCUGCCACACAUACCAGUUGCACAUCGCUUGUAGCAGCUCAACCAUCGACUCCAUUCGCACUACACCAGCAUGUCAACUUCUGUCAGUGCUCCAGAAAGCAACUCAGAAGGGCUACGGGAGGCAAUGAGUUGUGAUGUAUGCUCAGAAGUGUAUGAACGAACCCUCCGAACACCACUGGUGCUGCCUUGUGGUCACACAUUCUGCCGUGUUUGUCUUGUAGCUCUCAAGAAAAAAGGCAACUUCUUGUGCCCGAGCUGCAGAGCAGCACACAACAACGUGCAAGUGGAAGCACUGACUAUCAACUUUUCAUUACUUAAUAUUUUGCCUUUUUGUAAUGAAUUUACGUUUGAACAGUGCAACACACAUGGAGAUGACCUGCGCUACUGGUGCUGCACUUGUGACCUGCCUCUGUGUAGUCUCUGCCUCUACUCUGGCCACCCACAAGGCCACACUGUCAAGCUGGCUCAGACCUUUGUACAGGAGAAGAAACGGGAACUCACUGAAAAAAUAAAGCUCUUCUUUGGGAAUAUUGAAGACCAAAAGAAGGAACUGAGAGGAUCAUUCAAUGGCCUUGAUGCACUUAUGGAAGAGCUCUUCCAUAAGAAUGCUUGCCUGCAAGACAAACUUGCAGACCUUACUAACCUUCUUGAUGAGACUCGGAAGGCAAGUGACAUUAGCUCCGUAAGGAACUUUGAAAAGGCAGUGAAAAACUUUAAAUGUAAGGAGGAGGAUGCGGCAUCUGGCACUGAUGUAGCAGAAAAAGAAAAUGCCAAAAACUCUGAGCCAGCAAAAGCCAAGGACUCCAAGCUAAAAUGUAAGGAGGAGGAUGCAGCAUCUGGCACUGAUGUAGCAGAAAAAGAAAAUGCCAAAAACUCUGAGCCAGCAAAAGCCAAGGACUCCAAGCUAGAAGAAGCUAAGUCAGUUACAAAGAGUUUGGAGCCAUGCCAAGAGAAGGAGUCCUCUGGCCAGUCAUCACAGGAUCAAGACACAACAGAGGCUAAACGAGCCACCAUUGACUACCAUGACGGCCGUCUGCUCCUACAUUCUCUGGCUAAGCCUGACUCCAAGGAGAUUUCCUUCCAAAUGCCAUCCAAGGUGUUCCUGGAGCUGAGCGUGGGAGGCAGAUGUUUGGGUCGAGUCUUCAUCAGUCUCUGGUGCCACAUGCGGCGAGCACAACAGUUCCUUGCACUCUGCAUGGGCACUAUGGGCCCGACCUUGCUGGACGCAACUGCUUCAGAGAAAGUGAGGAAUACCCUGGUAUGGAGAUAUGUUGUUGAUGGUGACAAUAAGGCCAGAACCCAAGCCCUCCUGACAAACCUUGAAUGGGGAGGUCAGUAUGUAAAACCAGAUACUGAAGGUUACGUAUCAGGCAUUGAUUUUGGAAAUACUCAAAAUUCUGUUUCAUUUGGAAUUUGUACACAAAGCUCACCUGGUGUUAACCUGCAUGCUCCUUUUGGCAGAGUGGUUAGUGGUCUGGAGGUAGUGAAAGCUGCUUUUCAACACAAUCCAAUAACUAAAGUCACAAUUACUAACAGUGGCCUUGUGCUGCCUCGCCUCUCUCUUUAACUGCCAAAUAAGCCUGCUGUGCAGACUGCUAGGAAACAUUUUCCUCCUUACAUGGAAAGUUCUUGAGACAGCUGUCAUCAAGUGUUUCCCUCCCCCAUUGCAGGUGCUUGCAGAGCCAACAACCCUCAAAAUUCACAAGAUUUUAUAUAUGAGGAAUUGAAGAGAUGUACAUUACCUAAAAUAAUGAUUCAUAUACUGUAUAUCAUAACAUACAGCAAGUGGAAAAUUAAAGUACGUAUUAAGUAGAAACAGUUGUAGCAAUUCAGUUGGUAGCCAUGAGAAACGAGAUACUGCCUGCUCAUUCUGCUGCAGUCUAUUUGACGUGUUUAGCAUUGGAUGAGCAAAGAAUGCCCAAUUUUUUUGGUGCACAAAUAUUUAGAAGCCAACUGAUGUUGCAUUAAAGAAAAUAACAUUGUAAAGGUGAACAGAGCAUGCCGUAAGUUAUCCCUUUGCCAAAAUUGGUUCAUUUUUACCCUAUUGCAUACAUUCCCAUAUUCCAUUUAAAGUUUUCUGCAUAAUGACCCUUCUCACAAAUGGGGAUAGUAGAUUCUUAGGCCACAAGACAUAAUUUACCCUCCUCCCACACUCAGUUGCAUGAUGCUCACUCAUGCUGUCAGUGAGGGACAAAAAAAGCACUUGUUUCAGAAAAGACAGGAUGCACAACCAAUGAUUAUACCAAGAAUGGCAUGUUCUGCUUCUUGGAUGUUAUUGAUGUGAUGUUUGAAGCAUCACAAAGGAAUGCCAGCCUUCUCUCCCCAAGGAACUUUGUUCACUAUUUUCAUGUGAGACUUCUAUUACUUUGUUCUGCUUUUACUUUGUUAGUCAUAGAAAUGCAGUGAGCAGAGUGCUGAAUGACUUAAAAAUUACUGUAGUGAAAAUCUACCUAUCACACUUUAUUCCUUAGAUCUGGAACAUUAAACAAAACCAAAGAAGUCAUUCCGUACACUGCUCUGAUUUCUAUUGAGACAAUUAUGUAGUAAGAAAGCUUUGUGUAAAAGGUUGUAACUCGAUCCUCCCCUAGAGGGUGUUGUGAUUUUAACCUCUGUGAUUAUUGUUCAUUUAGCAAUAUUCAGUCACUAAUCCGUGCCUUACAUGCAUACUUGUUUUGUCAAGGAUUCUUUUGGUGGUGGAGAAGAAAGCCACCAAACAAACAGCUGCUAUCAAAAUAAUUACAUGGCUCAAGAAUAGUCAGUCACA